AUGGUCAAAUUCAGGGAUGAUUUAUAUUCCGCUUACAAUAGUACAGCUUCUGUCUCCUCUAAUGAAAGAGUUGGCAUAAAAAACCUCAUGAUGCUGAAUGACCUAGCCAUGCCUCAGCAAGGAAGUGGCAGGAUUGGAGAAACAUUGGCGGGACUGGAGCCAAAUAUGAUAGUGAUUCAAAGAUGGCUAGAGAUACCUGUUCACCUUUGCGCAGUGCGAGGUGAUUCUGCAGUCUUGGUUCCUGGCAUUCCCUUACGUUAUAGCUAUGCUAAUAGUUAUCUCUCUAAUAUAAUAAAGCAGUUUAGAAGGCAUGAUUUGAAGGUGGAAAACGUUCGGUUACUUGAUCGUUUAUCUUCAAGAAAAGCUGCACUGGGGACCUUGUAUUUAACAGCUACCCAUGUCAUAUUUGUGGAGAAUGUUUCUGAAACUCGUAAAGAAACCUGGGUUCUUCACAGCCAAAUUUCCUCUAUUGAGAAGCAGGCCACCACCGCCACUGGUUGCCCAUUGCUGAUCCGCUGCAAGAACUUCCAGGUCAUCCAGCUGGUCAUCCCUCAGGAACGAGACUGCCAUGACGUUUACAUAUCUCUGAUACGUCUGGCACGACCAGUGAAAUACGAAGAGCUGUAUUGUUUCUCAUUCAAUCCAAAAUUAGAUAAAGAAGAACGAGAACAAGGCUGGAAGCUUGUGGACCUCAAUGAAGAAUACAAUCGGAUGGGUAUUCCAAACAACUAUUGGCAGAUUAGUGAUGUAAACAGAGACUACGGAGUCUGUGACUCCUAUCCUACGGAAGUGUAUGUACCUAAGUCUGCGACUGCACACAUCAUAGUGGGGAGCUCUAAAUUUCGGAGCCGAAGGCGUUUCCCAGCUCUUUCCUACUACUGCAAGGAUAACAAUGCUUCCAUAUGUAGAAGCAGCCAGCCUUUAUCUGGCUUUAGUGCUCGAUGCCUUGAGGACGAACAGAUGCUCCAGGCCAUUAGAAAAGCAAAUCCAGGAAGUGAUUUCAUAUACGUUGUUGACACUCGGCCCAAACUCAACGCAAUGGCAAACAGAGCAGCAGGGAAGGGAUAUGAAAAUGAAGACAACUACUCUAACAUCAAAUUUCAAUUCAUAGGCAUUGAGAACAUCCAUGUCAUGAGAAAUAGUCUGCAGAAAAUGCUUGAAGCUUAUUUUGCAGUUUGUGAGCUGAAAUCACCUUCAAUGAGUGACUUUCUGUGGGGCCUAGAAAAUUCUGGCUGGCUGAAGCAUAUCAAAGCCAUUAUGGAUGCUGGCAUUUUUAUUGCAAAGGCUGUGGCUGAGGAAGGUGUGAGUGUGCUUGUUCACUGCUCUGAUGGCUGGGAUAGGACAGCCCAGGUUUGCUCCGUAGCGAGCCUUCUAUUGGAUCCAUAUUACAGAACUAUGAAGGGAUUCAUGGUGUUAGUUGAAAAAGACUGGGUUUCCUUUGGUCACAAAUUUAACCACAGGUAUGGCAAUUUAGAUGGAGAUCCGAAGGAGAUAUCCCCUGUUAUGGACCAGUUCAUCGAGUGUGUCUGGCAAUUAAUGGAACAGUUUCCUUGUGCCUUUGAAUUCAAUGAGAGAUUCCUCAUCCACAUACAGCAUCAUAUCUAUUCUUGCCAGUUUGGGAAUUUCCUGUGUAACAGCCAGAAGGAGAGACGAGAGCUGAAAAUCCAAGAGCGAACGUAUUCAUUGUGGGCUCACUUAUGGAAAAAUCGUGCCAAUUACCUGAAUCCUUUGUACAGAUCAGACCAUGGUCAAACCCAAGGGACCCUGCGCCCACAGAUGGCUCCAUGCAACUUCUUGUACAAGUUCUGGAGUGGUAUGUACAACCGCUUUGAAAAGGGGCUGCAUCCUCGACAGUCAGUUACUGAUUAUCUGAUGGCAGUGAAGGAAGAAACUCAGCAGCUGGAAGAAGAGCUGGAGGUCUUAGGAGAGAGAUUGGCUAAUCUUCAGAAAUCACAAUUAAACGAUGAUAAAGUCAGGAGUAAGCAACAAGACCGAAGCAAACAGUUAGGGCUUUCUACUUCUGACAACAGCUUAGCUAACACUCCCCAGGAGUAUAGCAACGAUCUGAAAUCAUUCCCAUCCCGGAGCCCUUCACAAGGGGAUGAAGAAGAUUCAGCCCUGAUUUUGACACAGGACAACCUGAAAAGCUCUGAUCCUGACCUCUCGGCUAACAGCGAUCAGGAGUCUGGUGUGGAGGACUUAAGCUGUAGGUCCCCAAGUGGGGGUGGCUGCUUGCCUAGUGAAGACAGUGGCAAGGAUUCAGAUGAGGCUGUAUUUCUGGCAGUCUGAAAUACCUUCACAACAGCAAGGAUCCAGAUGAAGUUGAGUCUUUCGCUAUCUGGAAUGACAUCUUUUCAUCAGAUGAAGAAUGGGAGUGGUCUGUGGCCUAAAGAAAUAAUCCAAAGAAAGGGGACUGUGCAAUUGUGUAAGUAAAGAUCUAAGCAGAACAAGCCAUUAUUAGUUUUAAGACAUAAUGCUAAAGAAAGGUAGUAUCUGCUGUUACGUUUAGUUAAGCCAACGUGCUAUUUGUUUUAACUUUAUCAAUGCUGUACAUAUUCAUUCCUUACUUUGUACAUUUCCUUAAUUAUUUAUUGUACAAAAUAAUAGUUCUCUGAAGACGUGAAAUUCCAAAGUACUCUCUUACACGUAGGGACAAGGUUGAAGAUUCAUUAGCAUUAGCCUUACUGGUGAAUCAGUCAAAACUUAUUUUUGUAGAGCUCUUUUGCCUUCAGACAUGUUGUGUGUAUUCUUUGCUUUUUUUUUCAUGGGAGGU